AAUAAUAAUUUCUAUUUAAAAAAAAUUAAAUAAAUAAUAAUCUAAAAAUGUCAAUUGAUAUUGUAGAAAUAUUAAAUGAACCAAAAAUGACAAAAGUUUGUGCUCCAAUGGUCAGAUACAGCAAGCUAGCAUUUAGAGAACUUGUACGACAAUACAAUUGUGAUAUUUGUUUUACACCAAUGAUACUUGCUGAUUCAUUUGUUCAAUCAGAAAAAGCAAGAAACAAUGAAUUUACAACAAACUCAUAUGACAAGCCACUUGUUGUACAAUUUGCUGCUAAAAAUACAACUGAUUUUUUAAAAGCUGCUGAACUAAUCUAUCCUUAUUCCAAUGGAGUUGAUUUAAAUUGUGGAUGUCCUCAACGUUGGGCAAUAAAAGAUGGCUAUGGUGUUGAUUUGCUAAGUAAACCUGAAUUAAUACGUGACCUUGUUCUUCAAGUACGUAAUAAAAUUAAAUCACCAUUUACUGUAUCAGUUAAAAUACGUAUUUUAAAAGAUAUCAAUAAAACAAUUGAGUUAUGUAGAAUACUAGAAAAAACUGGUGUAUCAUUUCUAACAGUUCAUGCUAGAACACCACAAAUGAGAAAAGAACCAAUUGACAUUGAUGCUUUGAAAUUAAUUAACGAAUCAGUUGACAUACCAGUCAUUGCAAAUGGUGAUGUAAAAACACUUGAUGAAGCAAAUAAAUUAUGGAACAUUACUAAAUCACAAGGAGUCAUGGUUGCUAAUGGAUUACUUACAAAUCCAGCUUUGUUUAGUGGUGUUGAUACAACACCAAUAUCUUGUGUACAAAAUUGGAUUGAUAUCACUGAAAUAAUACCAACGAAUUUCAUGACAAUGCAUCAUCAUUUAGUGUUUAUGCUUGAGAAAAUUAUACCAAAAAAUCAACGUGUAAUAUUUAAUAGUUUACAAAAUAAAAAUGAUGUUUAUCAUUAUUUAAAUGAACAUCUUGAUAUCAAUUAUACUGAUGAUAGCUCAUUUGAAUUAUUGACAAAUUUUUUUGAUGAUAAUCUCAAUUUUUCUGGAUGA